CUCAGUCAUCUCUCUCUCUCUAAACUCUCUGAAGAAAUGGCGAUACACUCGAAAACUUGAGAUUUUCAGUGGUUUAUGUCGCAAACAGAUCAUCACUAGAUUAGGCUGGUAGGGUUAAUGGUUUUUUAUACAUCUUCAGUGCUUAUUCGUGAAGAUUAGAGAUCAAAGAAGGUAAAACGGUGGUCAAACGGUGGUGGUUUUAUUACAAGAUUUCAUCACUAUGUACGCGAACAUAAUGAGGAAGUAUGUGAAGAACCCAGUUAGAAGCUUUAGGGUUGAAGAAAAUGAUACAAAUAAGAUUAGGUAUUUUGAUAAUGUAAGUGUGAAUUGUGGUGGAUUGAAUGGUUUUAAUGUUGUUGUUCAUGCUGCAUAUCAGUUACCCCCUAUUAAGAAGGUUAGUCUGACCUGGUUCAGUGACACAGACCCUUUCUAUAUUGGUAAUAAUGAAGAAUUCUUUGAGACGUGGGACAAAGCAGUGGUUGAAGAUGAUGGAUACAUUUAUCUCUACAUGAGUGUUACCCACAGGAAAGUGCCUCUUAGUGAUGAAUGCCCUUCAUCCUCUUGUGUUUCAGUUUCAAAGAGUCUUAUGAUGACCCCUGAGAAGGUGCAGAGUAUAUCAAGACUACAUAUUGAAAGAGAUGCAACACCAGUGAGUAUUGACCCAUCCUUUUUUUUAACACCUAAGAAGAGGAUUAUCUAUAGUAAGUUACCUAAGUUACUAAGAAGAAGUCCUAGGAUGUUGAAGAAGUCAAUUGCUGGUAGUUUGGGUACUGUCCAUGGUAAGAAUUUAUUUGUUAAUGUGGAUGAUGUUGAGGUUGUGGAUGGAGAAAUAUCAUUGGAAUCAAGACAGGCUGAGUUGGAGUAUGAAAACAUACAACUCACAAAUAUUAAAGAAGAUAUGUGUCAUCCCAUUGAUGACUGUAGAAGUCCAGUUGCUGAUGAUGCACAAAUGGGUAUUGAAGUUUAUACUGACUUUGUGAACAACUAUUUUGGUGGAUUAGACUCCUUUGAUUUCAUACAUCCGGAACAAUAUAAGUAAAAGGGAAAUGCAGCCCACAAUGACAACAAUUGUGGUGGUGUUGAGGAGUGUGAACCAAAAGGAAAAGCAUUGUCUAUUGUAGCAUCUGAUACUGACAGUGGUGAUAGUUCUAGUAGCAGUGAUUCUGAAGAUGAAGGUACCUUAUCAGUCCAAGGAGUUGCAGAGGAUGCUGGUCAGAACACAGUUUGGAUCAACCAGUAUGAGCAAGUUUGGGGGCCACAUGUAGAAGCUGCUGAAAGAUCAUCUUCUUUUGAUGAUGACACUGGAGAUGCUGAGGAGUUUGUGGAUGUUGAUACCAUGUUUGUAGUGAUGGAAUUUAUGGAUAGGAAAGACUUUAAGAUGCACUUAAGGGCAUAUGCAGUGAAGAAAAAGUUUCAGUACAAGUUGGAGCCUAAUGACAAAGAAAGGAUCAAAGUUAAUUGCAAGUAUAACAAGUCUUAGAGAUGUGAGUCUUUUUAUUUAUGCAAGUGUCAGAUGUUAUGGUCUUAAUGUAUGUUAAUAUUCUAUGUUAUUUGAUGGUGUCAUAAUCAUGAAAGUUUCUUUUUAUUUAAAGUAGCUCA